AUGGCGAUUUUUGUCAGGUUCAACUCUAGCCAUGGCUUCCCGGUGGAGCUUGGGUUGGAUGCCAGCAUCCUCCAGCUGAAGGAGGCAGUUGCGCAGCGACAGGGAGUUCCAGCUGACCAGCUGCGGGUGAUUUUUGCAGGGAGAGAGCUCAGCAACGACUUAACACUGCAGAAUUGUGACCUGGUCCAGCAAAGCAUCGUUCAUAUUGUUCAGAAUCCACAGAAAAAUAGUGAUAAGGAUGAGACAGAAGACAGCCAUGCUGGAGGCAUUCUAAAAACAUUGGAAAGAGUACCUGAAAGUCUAACACGCAUAGAUCUCAGUUCCAGCAUCCUCCCAUCACUGUCUGCAGGGUUGGCUGUUAUUCUGGAUACUAAAGAACCCAACAUUUCUCCUCCCUCUGAAAAAUCAGGUGCAGCUAGUUACAACAGUUUUUAUGUUUUUUGCAAAAAUUUCUGCCAAGCUGUGAAACCUGGGAAACUGAGGGUCAGAUGCAAUGAAUGUAAACAAGGAACACUCACUUUGGCAAGGGGCCCCUCUUGCUGGGAUGAUGUGCUGAUUCCAAACAGAAUAACAGGUGUUUGCCAGUCCCCAAAGUGCAGUGGAAACGUAGCGGAGUUUUACUUUAAAUGUGGAGCACACCCAACAACUGACAGUGAAACAUCUGUGGCUUUGAACCUCGUUACUACAAACAGUCGCGGUAUCACAUGUAUAACAUGCACGGAUAUUAGGAAUCCUGUGCUUGUGUUCCAGUGCAUGCAUCGCCACGUAAUUUGCCUAGAUUGUUUCCAUUUAUACUGUGUGACAAUGUUGAAUGAUCGUCAGUUCAUCUAUGACCCAGAUCUUGGCUACUCUCUCCCGUGUGUAGCUGGCUGUCCAGACUCCUUGAUUAAAGAGGUUCAUCACUUCAGGAUUCUGGGAGAAGAACAGUACAACCGCUACCAGCGCUAUGGUGCAGAGGAGUGCGUGCUGCAGAUGGGCGGCCUGCUGUGUCCAACUCCUAGCUGUGGAGCGGGUCUGCUACCUGAACCAGGAGUGAGGAAAAUUGUAUGUGAACCAGGCAAUGGAAUAGGCUGUGGGUUUGUGUUCUGCCGUGAAUGUAAAGAAGAAUACCAUGAAGAGGAAUGCAGCUCUUUCUUCAGCACACAGGGAGCUGUGGCCCAAAAGGGAUAUAUAGUUGAUGAAAAUGCAGCCAUGCAAGCCCGGUGGGAAGAGGCAUCUAAAGAAACAAUCAAGAAAACAACCAAGCCAUGCCCCAACUGCCACAUUCCAGUGGAAAAAAAUGGUGGCUGCAUGCACAUGAAAUGUCCUCGACCUCAGUGCAGGUUUGAGUGGUGCUGGAACUGUGGCCUGGAGUGGAACAGAACCUGCAUGGGCAAUCACUGGUUUGACUGAUAGCACAGUGGCCCAGGCACUAGCUGGCAUUGCUGCUGCGGCUGGCUUUCAUCAGGGUCACAUUCUGAACUCCUUGCUUAAACAAAAUUCCCAGUGGUUUCAGAGAUGUUCAGAAGUUAGCUCAGUUUGGUUUUUUUUUUCUUGCUUGCCUACUAAACUCACACUGAAGGUAUGCCAAGGGUUUUAAAUCCACUAAGUAAAAAGAGAAAUUGUUUUAAUGACUUACUCAUUGUGGUAAAAGAGGGAUAACUUUCACCUUUCUGAAUAUCUGCAGCCUGUCAGCACAGAGAGAGACAGGUUUACUGUGAGGAACUCGCUUGAUAUUUCUAGUCAGAAAUCCCUAACUCCUGCAAGAGAGCAGCAGGUGCUUGUGUGUAUCAGGGACUAUGGUGGAGAGUCCCAGCACCAACUCCUUUGCUCAGUCAGUACAAUUUUUGUUUUAAGACCGUAAUUCUUAACAGCUUAAUAGCUUUUUAGCAGAUGAAAGACACUGGCUGUUCAUUGUUUACUCAGGGUUCCUUCUGAACAGGUUUACUGUAAGGUUCUUGCUUUCAAACCAAAUUCUCAUAGAAAUAGCCAGCUUUAUGCCAGUUUUGUGCUUGUGUAUUUGUAACACACAGCAUGAAAUCUGCCUAUAUCACACAGACUAUGUUACCUCUCA